AUGGCGGACAAGGAAAACAUCGACGUUGCCCAGAGCUCCGACGUGGCGCCCUCCAAGGAGACGACCCCUAUCUCGCCCGAGACGCCAUCCAAGGCUAGCGCUGCGUCGACCUCGCCCACGGCAAGGCGCGCCGGCGCGACUACAAGCUCGGCAUCUGCUCGACGGACUACUGCGACCGGAACUGCUGCUUCGUCACGAACUGCUGCUGGCUCAACCGCUGGUGCUCGCGCCACGGGCGGGUUGAGCAAGCCGCCUACCCGCCCCCCUACAACUACCACGGCCACUUCGCGACGUCCCGCUACCGCUACCUCUACCACCUCUACCCACCGUAGCCGACCCAGCGUGAGCGCGAGCGAGGAUGAGCGGAGAUCCACCUUGACUUCCACCUCCGCCAGGAGGACGAGCACCCUCAUGUCUAGCCCUGGUAGGACGGCCGAGAAGAAAGCAACAACUGGUACUGGUACUGCUGGCACUGCCCGUAAGCCUGCUACGGCGACUGCUAGUACUACUGGGGCGCGACCCUCUACACUCGGUUCAAGGUCGUCGACUGCUGGAACUACAGCCUCAGCUAGAUCGUCUACAACUGCCGCAACUCGGACCGCGCCGAAACGCCUUUCCACUUCUGGUGCUACCGGUCGCGUCUCUGCGACAGCUAGCCGACCUACUACUGCCAGAUCCGAUGCUUCUAGUGGUGCUAAAGAGAUCGAGGAGCUCAAGGCCAAGCUUCUUGAGGGAGAUUCCGAGAUUGAGUCUCUCAAAGCUCAGAUCCAAAGCUCAGAAACCAUCAUCUCUGAGCUCCGCGAUCAGCUGGCCAAUGCUGCUCCCGCUGCCGAAACUGAAGCUAUGCAGAGCUCCAUCGCUGAGGAGGCUCUUGCGAACUUGAAGGCUGAGCACGAGUCGGCCCUCGCUGGUCUGGAGAGCCGGCUCUCCGAAGUCGUUCAAAAGUUGGAGACGGCUGAGUCUGAGCUUGAUCAGCAUAAGACCAACUUAGCUACGGCUGAAGGCUCCAAAGCUGCUAUCGAGUCUGAGAUUGAGGCCCUGCGAAAGUCCCUCGAAACUGUUCAGUUGGAGAAUGAUGAAAAGGUCAAAGCCAGCGAAUCUGCGCUGCAACAGGCUUUGGACGGCCAUGCCACCAAGUUGUCUGAACUGAAGGAUUCCUUGAGUGAACAGCACAAGACUGCCAUCGAGGAGCUUGAGGUCAGUCACAAAAAUGAGCUUGAAAAAGGCCAGACGGAUGCUUCGGCUCACGAAAUGGCCAUUGCCGAGCUCAAGACUAGCCACGAGUCGAUUGUUGCCCAACUGCAAAGCAAGAUUGACGAGCUUACUGCCUCUCAAGCUGCCCUGGAGUCUGCCAGCAACGAAAAGUUGCGAUCAGACCAGCAGGCUCACAACAGCAGAGUUGCGGCUCUGGAGGGUGAGAUUGCGGAACUCAAGGCUCUCAGCGAUGUCUCCGGCAAGUCUGCAGAGAGUGCCACUACGCAGCUGACGGAGCUCCAGAACAGCCUGGCAGAGAAGGAGAAGGAACUCUCCUCCAUCGCGGAAGACCGGUCUUCUUUGUCGACGAAGCUUACUGAAACCCAGUCUACUCUGGCUGAUAAGGAAGGGGAAAUCGCCAAGCUCAAGACUAUGCAUGACGAGCGCAUGAAGAACCUUUCCCAGGACUACGAAAACGAGAUUGAGAGCCUGCGUGGUGACGCCUUCUUCAAGCGCAAGUUUGAAGAGCUUGAAGGCCAGCAUAAUGAGCUCAAAACUUCUUCUGAGGAGGCAACUAAGGCUCAUUCUGAUGCUCUUGCUGUCUCCAAGGCCGAGCACGCCGCUGCGGUCGAAGCCCUGGCUGCCAGGGAGCAGGAGCACCAAAAGAAUCUUGAUGCCUUGCGAGCGAGUCAUGCUGAGGAGCUGGAGAGCGCGAAGACUGGUGCGUCUGCUGACAAGGAUGCUCAUAUUAGUCAACUCGAGUCCCUCAAAGCCCAACAUGCUGAAGAGCUAAGUAUCUUGAAGAAGGAGAGUGAGGCCACUCUAGCCAAGCAACUCGAGGCCCUCGCAUCUACGCACGCCGGUGUUCUGAAUGCUCUGAAGCAGGAACAUGCUGAUGAGCACCAAAAGUCCCAGGCCGCCUACGAUGAGGCCCUCUCCGUCGCUAAGAGUGCAGGCAACGACGCUCACGUCAGCGAGCUCGCAAGCAUUCAAGCUGAGCUGCAGGCAGCCAAAGAACAGCUUGAGCAGGCGCGGGAUGAUGGCGAGCUUGCUAUUGAAACCGCCAAGAACGAGCUUGAAGAGAAGCACAUUGGCGAGAUUGAAAAGAUCAUCACCAUGAAUACCGAGGCCAUGGAUAAGAUGAAGGCUGAUGGCAUUCAAGCAAGGAAGGAUCUGGAAGAGCUGACCGCAACCCACGCCAAAUCCAUUGAGGACGCGAUUGCCGAGUACCGAAGCACCUCUUCCAGUUUGGAAGAGAAGCUGGCCGAGCAGAAGGCGGCUAAUGGCUCUAUGGAAAGUGCUCUCAAGACGGCCCAGGAGGCUCUGACCAAGGCCCAGGCUGAGGUGGAGGAGAUGGGGCAGCAGCUUGCUCAGGAGAAGAUGGAACGUAUGACGGCCCUGGCUGAGCUGGAUGCUGUCAAGAGUGCCAAGCCCGACACUUCAGAAGCGGAUGCCCUUCGCAAAGAGCUUGCUACAUUGAAGAAGACCCAUGAAGAUGCGCACGCCGCCGCCGAAGGGGCUCUCAAGGGCAAGGAAGACGAGCUGGAGUCACACAAAGCCGAGCUUGCGGGUGCUCAGGAUAGCUUGGCCAGCAUGAAGAACGAUCUUGCACUCGCCCAAAAGGAGCUUGAAGCCCAUAGGUCGGAGGCGGACGCCAAACACAAGACUGCGCUCGCCGACUACAAUGAUCUCAACGAUAGCAUGACUAGUCUGGUGGAAGAUGCCAACAACAAGGCCAAGGAGUUGGAGGCUAGGCUCGGGGAGGCGACCAGAAAGGCCGAGGAAAAAGAGAAGAAGAUUGAGGAGCUAGAGGCGCAGCUCAAAGUAAGGGAUGCGGAGAUUGUCGAGGCCAGGGCAAAUGGCGGCAAAUCCAAGGGUCUGUCAAGCAGCAGGUUCGCCGGCGCAGAAAGCGGCAGCGACGAAGCUGUUGCAAACGAAGACGUGGCUGAAGGUGAGGAUGACACCAACGGCAUUGGCGGUGAUGAUGAUGAUGAUGAUGCGGAUGACCACUCUUCAGCGGCAUUGGCUUCGGUGCGCGAGCCCCUAUGUUGA